AGUAAAAAUAUCAAUUUCCCUUGAGUAUAAGGAGAAAUCUGGUUAAGCAGCUCCAUGGAUAACCAAACCAACACACAGAUGAAUCAAAGAAAGGGGCGGAGAUUGGUUCUAUUUCCUCUGCCGUUUCAAGGCCACAUAAAUCCAAUGCUUCAACUGGCAAACAUUCUUCACUCUCAAGGCUUCUCCAUAUCCAUAAUACACACAAACUUCAACUCUCCAAACCCUUCAAAUUACCCACACUUCACUUUCCAUUUCAUUACUGAAAAUUUAUCUGAAACUGAAGCUUACACUACAGAUCUUGCCGUUCUUGUUCAGCUGCUUAACACAAAAUGUGUAGAGCCUUUUCAGGAUUGCUUAACUAAGUUGUUGUCAGAUGUUGAAGAGGAGCCAGUUGCUUGCUUGAUCUCAGAUGCUAUAUUUCCCUUCACUCAAGCCGUUGCUGAAAAUCUCAAACUCCCUAGGAUGGUGCUAAGAACCGGAGGUGCUUCCUCCUUUGUUGUUUUUACUGCUUUUCCAUUUCUAAAAGAAAGAGGGUAUCUCCCCAUUCAAGAUUCUAAAUUAGAAGAACCUGUGGUAGAGCUUCCUCCUCUUAAGGUAAAAGAUAUUCCAGCGAUCAAAUCGCGGUCUGCAGAAACAAUUUAUGAACUAAUAGAUGGCAUGGUUGAUGGAGCCAAGGCCUCUUCAGGAGUUAUUUGGAAUACAUUUGAAGAUCUUGAACAAUCAGCACUGGCAAAUCUUCGCCAACAAUUCUCCGUCCCUAUGUUUCCAAUAGGUCCAUUUCACAAAUGCUUUCCGGCCUCUACAAGUAGCUUGUUGACACAAGAUCAAAGCUGCAUUUGCUGGCUAGAGAAACAAUCACCCAAGUCAGUAAUCUACGUGAGCUUUGGAAGUCUUGCUGCAAUCAAAGAAAAUGAAUUUUUAGAAAUAGCAUGGGGGCUAGCUAAUAGCAAGCAGCCAUUUUUGUGGGUGGUUCGACCUGGAUUAACCAAUGGUUGUAAGUGGCUCGAACCAUUACCAAGUGGGUUCCUGGAAAUGAUCGAUGGAAGAGGAUAUAUUGUGAAAUGGGCUCCACAACAAGAGGUGUUAGCCCACCCUGCUGUUGGAGCAUUUUGGACUCACAAUGGGUGGAAUUCAACAUUGGAGAGCAUCUGUGAAGGUGUUCCGAUGAUUUGUAUGCCUUGUUUCACUGACCAAAGAGUCAAUGCAAGAUAUGUAAGUGAUGUUUGGAAAGUUGGGGUGCAAUUGGAGAUUAAUGGUCUUGAUAGAGAUAAGAUUGAGAAGACAAUUAGAAGAAUAAUGGUGGAGAAAGAAGGAGAAGAAUUCAGAGGCAGAAUUUUGUGCUUGAAGGAGAAGGCUGAUAUUUGUUUGAGGCAGGGUGGUGCUUCAAGCGAAUCCUUGAACAGCUUGGUUAGCCACAUUUUAUCAUUAGAUUCAAUCACUUUCAACACUCAUUAAGUCCUUCGGUUACUUUUUCCAGUAAUGAUCUCCUGUAUGCACUGUUGAUUUUAGUGUAAUACAUCUUAGUAGUUAAAAUUAAUAUUCAAUAAAUCAAUACUGAAUCAACUUCUCUUUCAAAAUGAGUUGCCAAUGUAAACAGUCAAGACUAGAUGGUGAGCUGAUGCAAAUAGUUAAUUACAUCUGUGGCUUUGGUCCCAUCCCAUUUGAUAGAUACUUUUACAAAGAGAUGGACUCAGCUUCUGCGGUUCCAAUUUAAUGACAUCAGUGGCUCCAUCGCUGCCAUCGAUGCAUCAACUAUCCCGCUUUAAAUUCUGAAAAUAUGUGGAAGAAGAGGGCAGAAAUACUUAAUUAAUGCGCAGUAUCUGGACACUCCUAUAACCCCAGUGGAAUUUCAAUUUAUACACGCAACUUCUAUUUUGAGUUGAGGAAAAAACGUGUGGCCUUCUCCUUCUGUUGAUUUGUCAAAUAUAAGUAGCCUCUAACUCGGAUGAAAUGGCUCUUAUUACACUUCUCAGUGUUAAUUGUGUGGUGCCUGUUCGGGAUUACUUGGCUAAGUUGCUGUCAAAUGUUGAGGAAGAGUCUAUUGCAUGCUUAAUUCCGACGAUAUUGUUAAGAACUACUAGUCUUUUCCUUUCCUGCUUAUGCUGCCACUUCACAUCUACAUGAAAAUGGUUACUUCCCCAUGCAAUGUAAAUCUCAGUUGUCAUUUCUCUUCGUGUAAAGAUAACAAAAAAUCUUAUCUCUUAAAAGUCUUAAAUAAACUUUUGAAAGAUAGUAAGAAAAAUAUUUAAAUCAAAACUUGAAGCAUAUGUUAGGACUACCUUUCUUUUUGUCAUUUUACUCCAAUAAUAUUUUCAAAUUUUUAUCGUGAUCGUCUUUUAUGAUUGAAAUUUUUUAGAUAUAUUUUCUGUCAAAUCCUGAAUCAGAAUUAUCAAUGCCAGACUUCCCAGUUCCCAUCAGAACGGAUUGGGCUUUUGAUGGGGAAAGAUUUUACUAUGGUGUUCUUGAGCAAAAGCCCAUUUCAGCCAUGUGAUGCUAUCAAUCGCUUCUUGGAUCCUUGCCGUUCAAAUUCAACCCAGCCACCAGUCAAGUGAAAUUUAUUACUCAUUUGAAUCUACCAAUUGAUCUGUACUGACAAAGGGUUUCAACUUUUAAUUAAGUAUUUGCCUUAUUACAUGUUCCCAAUCCAAAACAUCCAAUGGUGCACAUUGUAUAAACUGCAACCUAUUGGUCUGCAAUUUUUUUUAGUAGAAUAAUUUUCCAGA